AUGAAGUUCAGCAGCCAUAUCGCCCAAAAUUGCAGGCGUCUCAAGUCCCGCCAAUGCAAGAAUGUCUACAACAUUGCCAGAUCUAGCACAAGCUACAGCCUAAGGAGUAAACAGUCGACGCUAUCACGUUCGCUUCCACGGGGCACCUGGGACAGCCACAUGCAUGUGGUCGAUCCCCAGAAUUUCCCACUCGAUGUCGACGCGCAGUAUACGCCUCAUCCCCAUACAUUGGUGGAUGCAAAGGCGUUUUAUUCUGCGUUGGGCAUCAAGAACAUGGUGUUUGUGCAACCAUCAAUCUACGGCAAUGAUAAUUCGUGUAUGCUAGAGGCGUUGAAAGAAGUCGGGCCCAGCCGCGGCCGUGCGAUCGUCGGCAUUGAUCCUAAGACAACCAGCAUCGAAACGUUGCAAGAAUGGCACGGACUGGGCGUGCGUGGCGCGCGACUGAAUUUCGUCUCCGUAGGUCGAGAACUCUCAGAGAUCGAGCUUCACAGGGAAAUCGAAAGCUAUGUCGCGCUUCUAGAGCCGCUGGAUUGGGUGCUCGAACUCUUCAUCCCAAUGAAGCAGCUUGUUGCGCUGGAAAAGAUCCUUCCGAGUUUGGAUGAUCCUUUUGUCUGCAUCGACCACUUCGGUUGGCCGAAUCUACCAGCAUAUGACCCGUCUCGUCCGCUCGAUCCAUAUUCGUUGGACGGAUUUGAAUCUCUCACUCGCCUCUUGCAGAGAAAUGCUUGGGUUAAGCUUUCAGCUCCGUACCGACUCUCGAAGGACCCCGAAAUACGUGACCUUGGUGUUAUUGCACGAGAACUGAUCAAGGACCACCGAGAGCGUGUCAUCUAUGCUACCGAUUGGCCACAUACGAGAUUUGACAAUAUCGAUCCUGUACCUUUCAUCGAAAAGUGCUUUGAAUGGUGUGCGGAUGAUGAGAGGCGCGUCGAAAAGUUAUUCCGAGAGAAUGCGCUAGAGCUUUGGGGCGCGCAUGUUGUGGACGAAGAUCCGCGCCCGCCGGAGAAGAAUCGUUGA